AUUUCAUCGAAUAAAACACGAUUUAAAUAAAAUUUCAACAAAAAAAAAAUUAAUUCAAGCAUAAAAUGAAGAAAUUAAAGCGAAGUAUCGAUUGUGGUGCUGCAUUUAGUAUUGAAAUAAUGGAUGACUAUAAGUAUAAGAGGAUUAGUAACAAGAAAGAAGUGGAAAUUGAUCCAAAAUCAACAGAAAUCAUUCCAAGUUUCCCAAAAAACUUUAUGGAAAAAGAGGAACUGCAUGAAAAGCACUUUCAAGAUGCUAUUAAGAACAAUACAUCAAUUCCCGUACCUGUGAUUGAUGAAAUUGACAAAGAAGCUUACGAGAAAUUAUAUCCAGCAAAUUAUACAGCUCCAAAAAUACGAAUUAUGGUCCAAUUAAAUGAGAAAACAAUUGAAUAUGAUGCUGAUUCAGAGGAUGAUGAAUGGCUAAAAAUGACUGGAGAGACUUUAAAGCUUACACAUGAUGAGUUUGAGAAAUACAUGGAAUAUCUCGAGAACAAAUCUGCUGAAACUAAGACAGUUCCAUCCAUAUCGGAUAUAACAUCACAUUUCAAUAAGCGAAGUGCUUGUAUAGGAACAGAAGCAACUUACGAUUACUGGCUGAAUAAACGAAUUCAAUCAAAUGGCAAAUAUUUGUUGCACAGCUUAAAAAAGGAAGAUUUAAAGCCUGGCAUUAAGCAUAAAUUCGAUCCAUACAUAGCAUUCCGUGCAUGUCGCGAACGAAUGCAUUUGCGAAAGAAUCGAUCAAGAGAUUACGAGAACUAUAUCAAAAUGUUGGACAUUCGUGACAGCAUAGAAGAAUGCUUGAAAUUUUACAAGACAAAUGCUUUUUGUGAGAGGACAAAGCAUGAGCUGCUUGUGUUACGCUUUGCAACAUUCAAAGAUCAAUAUAAUACGAAAACUUUUAAUUCGUCGUAUCUCGAGAAGGAAGUGCAGACCAACACAGAAUUUUUAUUGAAGGAUUUAAAAGAAAAUCGUAUUGGAUGUGAUAUAAAUAGCACGAAGAGUCUUAGUAACGAGCUUAAAGUUGGAGAUUCUGACGAAUAUCCGAUAAACAUUAACGAGCAUGAAAUGUUUCCGUUCAAUCGACUUACUGGCUGUGAAUAUCAUGAUAUCCGUAACGACACAUUUGAUAAAAAUCAUAUUCCUGAAUGUACAGAACAUGAAAAGUUUCAUAAAACAGACGUGGGUGUGUUGCGUAGACGUGUAGGCAGAGGAGGACGAAUCAUUUAUGACAGAAUAAGCAUACCUAAAUCCGAUAAUGCCCAACUCGACAGCCCCGAAUAUCAAGAAGUUGAUAAUUUCAGGAAGAUUUACGUAAAACGAUUAAGUGAGCAUGACGAAGUUUGUGACUCGCUCAGAUCAUCACCAAAAUGCCAGCAUGAAUCUGAAGCUGUUGAUCCAAACAUCAGCUUGAGUGAUAUUGAAAUCAUUUGCAGCAUUGAUUCCUAAGUGGAUUGAUUGUUAGCUUUUUUGAAAUUCAACAAGUUUUCUGUGAGUUCGUCUAUAAUUUGAGUAUGAAGUUGUGGAUUAAAAUUAAUGCAGUAAUAAAAUCAUCUCUCUUAUCUCAGAUUUAACAGAUUUCAUUCCCAC